AGUAUGCAUAUUUCUUUGGACUGACGCUUAAUUUACCGAACUUGAACUCCUGCAACGCAGCUCCGCUUGUAAUUUCCAUUUCCUUUUGUUUCGCGCCUUGAGCUGGCCUUUCAUAGCUUAUUACAUAUUUACCUAAACCCAGUGCGAAUCACUAUUUGUCACCAUGAACGGACUGCCAGACGUGGCCGGUAGUCUCUUCACCUCGACCUAUCGGAACGUGAAGCUCGCCGGCAAAGCUCCGCCAGCGACAAACUUGAAUGGAACGGGCUCGUGCUUCGAUACAACAUCACUUUCACCAGCACGAGCAGGAGCUCAUAAGAUGCUCGAAGUUGGCAAGGAGGAGCUGCCCGUCUGGUCGAAGCCGACCCUUUCAUACAAGUACCCAGCUGCGAAGCCGAAUCCAAGCGGCUUUCUCAAGAAGGGCGAUGGCGAGCUCAUCAAGACGAGGACAGGGCAGGUGGAGGAAGUUAAACCGCUUCCACCUUCAGCUGGGGCAUACAAACGCCGGGAAAACCCCCCCAACACGGCGUUCCGGCGAUUCUAUGAGCGUGGAGAUCUGCCCAUCGCGGUUGACCACCGCGGGUCUAAAAACAUGAUUGCUUGGAAGGUAGACAUUGAGAAGCUCGACUACCAUCACUACCUACCUAUCUUUUUUGACGGCAUUCGGGAAACGCAAGAACCCUAUCGAUUCCUUGCGGUCAAGGGCGUGGAGGAUAUGUUGCGGGUCGGCGGGUCCAAAAUCUUGCCGGUCAUUCCACAGCUGAUCAUCCCGAUUAAAACGGCGCUGAACACCCGCGACCACAGCGUCAUGUGCAUUACGCUACAGCUCUUACAGAAGCUCGUGUUGUCGGCGGACCUGGUUGGCGAAGCUCUCGUGCCUUACUAUCGGCAGAUCCUGCCAAUAUUUAACCUGUACAAGAAUAAGAACAAGAACCUGGGCGAUGGCAUUGACUAUGGCCAGAAGAACUACGAUUGCCUGGGGGAGCUCAUUGCCGAUACACUCGCGCUCUUCGAGCAAAAAGGUGGAGACGACGCGUUCAUCAACAUCAAGUACAUGGUUCCCACGUACGAGUCCAGUGUAAACUACGCAUGAGGCACGCGGUAGCCUUGAGUGCUGGGGGCAGGGGUUGGGAUAUGGAUCGCAGUUGGUGAACCGGUACGUUCUACCAUGGCCUUUUGGAAUUGCAUCUGGGGCUUCUCGAACGGUCAUGACGGCCAACAUGCAUUUCAAAGCUGGGCUAGUAUGCCGUUACCGUACCAGCAUUUUGCAAGGGGGAAGAUCGUGGACAUAGUGUGCUAGCGCGAGUUGUUGGCGGUGUUCGUGGCGAUGCCUGACCAGCGCUUAUCGUGGGAAGCUGAGGGUGUGAGUUUGAGGCGGGACACCAUUGCCGCCGGUGCCCGUCCGCCGCUGAAAGGGUAGCGCUCUCGAUGGUGGUGUUUGUGACUAUGUGGCUAUUGUGCAGGCUGGUUGGGCGAGUGGCAGGCGUGCUGCGGCGGGGCUGCUGCAGGUUUGGGUGUCCUGGGCACAUAACGCAGAUGGGGGCACGCGGUGUGUUGGGCAUCGCGCAGUGGAUAACAACACCCAAUGCACUGGACCUGAUCGCCCUACGCCUUCGCGUUUCGAUGUGUAUAGCUGACGUUUACAGAACUGAUUGUGGAACGUUACGGCACCAAUCACUGCGUUUGGUGUGUUUGGGGGUAGUGAUAAGGCUGAGGGUGUGGGGGUAAAUGGGAAAGCCAUGCGCUUGGCAGUGGUGAGGCUGAGUUGCGCUUUGCAGGUACUAGCGGGUAGGAUGGCCUUGCUGCCAAUAAGGAUAAGGGCAUCGCAAUGUGACAUCGUAAUGUGACAUAAGAAUUGUGUGGUGCAGUUUAGUUGCGCAGGAAGUCCAAGAAGGAGGUUUGCAUGAUACGCACUGAUGGCCGGAGCGUUUCUGUUGCUGAUGCAGUUUUUGAAAUAGGAACCUCGUCAGGAGCAAUUCCGGCAAUUAUGGCUGAAGGUUCAAGUGCUACAGGAUCGGACUUCACGCGUGUAUAUGCACGGUUGUAAGACCUAGCUAACGUGC